AUGGCGUGGUACUCCAUCCUUCCGUCAGAGCUUACCCACCUCGAGAGCUGGGCAGCUCGAAUUUUCUUCGCUGAUUUACCCCGGAUUCCGCAGUUCUUUCUCGGUCUCAUCACAAUUGGCCCCUGGGCUUUCCUCGUAUUCCUAGACGCAAUCAUCUGGCUAUAUCGACUGAUCCUUUGGGAGAUUCCCUGGAUUGGCGGACGAGCAGGUGGUCGACAGCGCCCUCGCGCGCUGAGCUUGAAUGAACGUCCGGGGGGGCAACGGAGGGCAUUUGGACUGCGCGGCGUCGAGACAGAUACCGGUGAUAGUGAGGGUGGAGAUCGAGAUGAUUCCCCAGGGCUGAAGAGGGGGAGAGAUCGUGAUGACCCUGGGAAGGAAAACACAAAGUUCGCUUUCUCGUGCGGAGUUCAUGCGGACUCAGAUCUACUCCAUAUUGAUUUGAGCAGGAUGGCAGAAGCUCUAUACAAGGUGGACAUCGAUGCACCAUGGCUCAUACUCUCCAGAAACCUGCUCUUUGUCCUUAUCGUGGGAUUGUGUGCUGCUAUGUGGAGGAUUCGACAAUCUCGCAAGGCCAAAGCAUACGGGAAGACGGAGACAACUUGCUCAGAGAAUAAGACAUCCCCCAUCAUACCUCUGGAGGGAUUCAAUUGGGAGGAGACCGAGCAAUCACAAUUUCGGCCAUUCAAAGGAAAAGACAAAUAUAAUUUGACCAUGGCACUUGAGAAUCUUGAUCCAUCAGAGCUCAUCCCGAUGGACAAAACAUACAAGAGCCGACUCGCCCUCCGCAAGUCCGUACUCGAGCAGCACCACGACGUCGUGGUGGCAAUCAACAACGAUCAAACCCCAGAAGAAGACCCUCGCAUCCGCCCCGCCAUCAGCGAACUAUACAAUUUCGUGCUAGGAACAUACCUACCCACCCGAUACCCGAGCAUGUUCAAGCUAAACGCCGAAAGCUCGAUCUUCCACAACCUGGUAACAGGCGCAACCUGGCCAACAACCCUGUCGCCAACGACUCCAGCAAUCCAAGCCCUAGAAAUCCUGUCCCAGACAGUAGACGAGGAUUUCCUGAUCCUGCUCCCUGAGCUCUUAUCCGAUAGUGAGGAACAGCCGAAAUAUGUACUACAGGCAUAUGCGUCCUGUUUCCCGGCUGGCUUCAACACGCGCAAGAAACUCGGCCUGCGUAUGGUGGAUAUUCAUACGCCGGUCCCGCGUUAUCAAGAGAAGAUCGGACGCAGCAUGGAUAGGUUCUUUGCGCGCCUUGCGGUUGGGAAGUUUGUGAAACGAGUCAAUUGGAGUAUCACUAUAGACACGGGGCUGUUUGCUGCUUUUAGUGGCACUCAUGCUGUGGUGGGGAAAAAUGAAGAGGCUAUUGAGCUCGGGAAACUGAAUGUUGAUCAGACUGUUCUCCGGUGUGAGCGUCAAACACUGCAUCGGCUGCCGGUGUCCAAGGCUCUUGUCUUUACCAUUCACACUUAUGUUUAUCCGGUUAGGCAGAUUAAAGAUGAGGGUUCUGGUGAAGACCUUGCGAAUGCGGUUGAUGGCUUGAAGAGGGGGAAUGUGCCAGAAAUGCAUAAUUAUAAGAAGGGAGAUGUGUGGGGAGAAGCAUUGAAGGACUUCCUAAGGGCCUAG